AUGGAGAAAUCAAGCAAUGAAGAACGGGAAGAGAAAGUACAGGAAUUACCACCGGAUGAUUUGAAUGAACAAGAAGAGGAGCAGGCCAUGAGUGAAGAGGAUGAAGGAGAUACAGCAGAGACUGAGGCACAACAUCUAAUGAAAGACGAUGGACACGACAUGGAAGAAGAACAUGGAGCAGCAGGUGAAAAUACAGAAAGCAGAAUUGAGGAAGAGAUGGUGCUGAAAGAAGAGACACAUCAAUGGAAUGAAAUGGAAGAGAAACAACAAGAAAUAACGACUGAUGAAAAACCCACACUCACUAAAAAGACUUUAUCACGUGGAAGAUCUCGGAAAUCCAAGUCUAGGUGUAAUUACAGCUGUAAACAGAGUAGAAAGAGUUUCUAUCAAAAGCCAAACCUUGAUGUUCACACUAGAAAGAAACCUUUCACCUGCAAACAGUGUGGAAAAAGCUUCUAUAAUACAGGAAACUUAACAGUGCACAUGAGAAUUCACACUGGAGAGAGGCCGUACACAUGCCAACAGUGUGGAAAAAGCUUCUAUUCUACAGGAAACUUGGCAGUGCACAGAAGAAUUCACUCUGGGGAGAGGCUCUACUCUUGCCCUCAGUGUGGAAAGAGUUGUAAGCAAAAUGGCAAUCUUGAAACCCACAUGAGAACACACACUGGAGAGAGAAGCUUUAUUUGCACACAGUGUAGGAAAGGUUUUUCUCAAAAACAAAACCUUACCAUCCACAUGAGGAUUCACACUGGAGAG